AUGGCAGAACAAAAACAAUCAAUAGUGCUAUUCCCAUUCAUGGCACAGGGUCACAUAAUCCCAUUUUUAGCCUUAGCCUUCAACCUCGAACAGAAAUCCAAAAACUACAACAUCGCCAUAAUUAACACUCCUCUCAACAUCCAAAAACUUCAACCCUCUAUUCCACCACACUCCUCCAUCAAACUCAUCACCAUCCCUUUCAUCUCUUCCGACCACAACCUCCCACCUAGCAUAGAAAACACCGACACUGUCCCUUAUAGCCUCGUGAUCAAACUCAUCGAAGCUUCUCUUUCCCUCAAAUCACCUUUCAAAAACAUCAUUGAAAACAUCCUCACCCAACAGCAUAAAGUCUGCAUAGUUUCUGAUAUUUUCUUCGGUUGGACUUCAACCAUCGCUAAAGAACUCGGUGUUUUUCAUGUUAUUUUCAGCGCUAGCAGUGGCUAUGGUUUAGCUUGUUAUUAUUCUCUAUGGAUGAAUCUCCCUCACAGAUUCACAGACUCUGAUGAAUUUCCGUUAACAGAUUUUCCAGAAGCGCGUUUGAUUCAGAGAAAUCAAUUACCCAACAAUAUCUCACAGGCGGAUGGGUUCGAUGAUUGGUCGGUUUUUCAACGGAAGAAUCUCUCUGACUGGGUUAAUUCCGAUGGAAUUUUGUUCAACACAGUUUCAGAAUUCGACUCGGUUGGACUAAAUUACUUCGUUCGGAAACUCGAAAUUCCGGUUUGGACGAUCGGACCGUUUGUUUUGGCUAAAUCACGAGGGAAAGGAAGUGAAAUAAACCCUAACUUUUAUAAAGAAUGGCUAGAUUCAAAGCCAUUGAAUUCGGUUCUGUUCGUUUGUUUUGGAUCUAUGAACACGAUUUCGUCUGAACAAAUGAUGCAACUAGGAAUUGCGUUGGAGAAAAGUGGAAAAAAUUUCAUUUGGGUAGUGAGGCCACCGAUUGAAUUGGACAUAAACUCAGAAUUCAAGCCUCAAGAGUGGUUACCGUCAGGGUUUAUGGAGAGGAUUCUAGAAACAAAGAAGGGUAUAAUAGUAAAUAACUGGGCUCCUCAAGUUGAGAUUUUGUCACAUGGGUCAGUUUCUGCGUUUUUGAGUCACUGUGGUUGGAACUCGGUGUUGGAAUCGUUGAGUCAUGGUGUACCGAUUCUCGGUUGGCCUAUGGCAGCUGAACAGUUUUUUAACUGUAAGUUGUUGGAAGAAGAGAUUGGUGUUUGUGUUGAGGUUGCUAGAGGGAAGAGCUGUGAGGUGAAGAAUGAAGAUAUUGUUGAGAAAAUUGAGUUGGUUAUGAGUGAGAGUAGUGAAAAUGGGUUGAAGAUUAGAGAAAAUGCUUUUAAGAUUAGGGAGAUGAUGAAGAAUGCUGUGAGAGAUGAAAAUGGUGAUGGGUUUAAGGGUUCAUCUGUUAGGGGUAUUGAAGAGUUUUUAGCCGCUGCUGGGAAGAGCAAUAAGGGGAUAGUGAAUGAGUAA